AUGGCCUCCAAAAAAUCCCUCCAACCAUACAUCUCCCUCCCUCUCCCCAAGUCCCUCAAAGACGCAUCGAAACCUCAAACAAAAGAAGAACGCCUCCGAACGAUCCUAUCGAAUCUAGAAGCACAUCACAACACAGUUCGUAACCGGCUCAUCGCCCAAGCGAAGGCGAAGCAUAUGGCUCUGGAAGAACAGCGAGAACAAGAAGACCUCCAACCCUCCACAAAAUCGCCCACACAAGAACCACAACACCCCUCCAUCCCCUCGAACCAACAAUCCCUCGACCACCUCUACCAAACCCUCUCAACCCCCUACACCCCGGGCACAGGCGACCUCUCAACCUCCACAACCAAUCCCCUCCCCCAACCAUCACCUUCACUCCGCCAAGCCACCCCACCGCCCGAAAUAGCCAUCGCAAAGGAAACACUGGAUCAGAUUGAGCUUUACGAACAGCACGCACGGCCGACAAGGGAGUAUUACGAAAGGGCUUUGAGGAGGUUGAGGGAGGGGAGGAGGGAGUCUGUUGGUGGUGCUGGGGGCGAGAGGCCUGGUGGGCCGGUGAGGACGGCCUCGGCGGGGAGUGGACGGUCGAAUGUUGCGAGUCCGGGGGAUGGGAAGGGGGUGGGGAUGGGGAGGAGAUAA